AUGGGCUGUCAGAACAAUCAGUUGAUGGAAACUGCGGAAACUGGGGAGAGUGGACUUCAUGCUCCGUAUCGUGUAGUAACGGAGCGAAAACCCGCACAAGGACCUGUUCAAACUCGUCUCCUUCCAACAAUGGACUUAACUGCACUGGGGCUGAUGUUGAUUACUUGUGAUGUGGGACUUCUUAAACCAGACCGAACCGGCAACAAUUGCGUCGGUGAAUCAAGCGAAUAUACAGUGUGCCUUAAUGAACCCUGCGGCGCCAGGAAUGGUGGCUGGUCGAGUUGGGGUUCGUGGCAAAGCUGUUCAGUAACAUGUGGAGGGGGACUGAAGCUAAGGAACAGGACUUGUACCAACCCGACACCGACACUAUACGGCAAGACUUGUGUUGGAAACUCCGAGGCAUAUGCAGUUUGUGCCAAGACAGCCUGCCAUGUUGUAGCCUUCAACGCUCACGGAUUCCAUGAGUUGUCAAAUUAUACCAAUGCGUUUCCUUCUGUGAUCUUCAACGAAGGCAAUGCCUACAACCCCAGCACUGGGCACUUCACAGCUCCUGUUGACGGGAUAUAUUACUUUACUACCCAAAUGUGCUGUCAGGCCAAUAGCGGUCUUAACUUUUACUUGGAAAAAGUCAGUGAAAACAUAAGCGCCAUGACGCGUCUUACAGCUACCGGGCAGACAGAAAAUGCCUAUGCUGCAUGUACAUCUGCAUCCAGCUCUGUGAAACUGACCAGGAAUGAGCACGUGUGGGUGAAGAUGGAAGGCCAGAUCACAACAUCACAAUUCUAUGAAGAUUCAACUACUUGGAUUUGUUUUACUGGAAUGUUGACCCAAGAGCUUUAAUAAAGUCGUGAAUUUUA